GGUGGCUUCUAUGUGUUCCAAUUGUUCGAUUUCUAUGCCGCAUCUGGUUGGGCAUUGUUGUGGCUGCUUUUCUUCGAAUGUAUCGCAAUCUCAUGGAGCGUUGGAAUCGAUCGAUGGUAUGAACACAUGAAGAGUAUGAUCGGCUACUAUCCGAAUCGAUGGUGGAAAUUCUGUUGGGUGUUCGCCACACCCUCGGUUUGCAUGAAGUUCAAGAUACUCUUCCGUCCGGAUAUUGAAAUUCAAAAGACGAGUCAUGAAGUACACGACGACACCGAAUUACAAGAUUUUCAUCAAUUAUAA